AGCGUACUACAAGUAUUAAGCAUUUCUACCAUGAUAUUGUGAUUAAUUCAGCCAAAGAUACUUUCACAUUGAGAAGUCAUGAAUUCAUACACGUUUGUCACACAGCAUCUAAGAAAUGUUCUGGAAUUCGUUACAAAUUCAGUAAACAGCAGCCCAUUCCUGACAUCUGAUCUCAGAUGGGACCCUAUGCCAUAUCCCACUCUUUAUAAGAAUGUAUCCUUGGCCAUCCUGGCUGGGGCUGAUAGGAGUUGUAGUCCAAAACGUCAACGCUUCCGCUUCUUCUGCCCUAAUUUAUGCUUCUCACGCGAGGCCAUUCCAUUCCACUGCACAUGCAAUAAUAUAUUUUAUCCAUGGACUCUAGAGACUCAGCUACCUCCUCUCGCAGGUCCUGUUACAGGUCACCUGUAUCCUGACUGCCAGCUUACUCUGAGCAAGCUGUUAAGAAACAAAGCUGCCCCCCUGACCCCCCCACUCCGCCGCCCCUUCCAAUCAAAUUCUGCUGCGGGGGGUGGGUCGUACAAUUGCCUGUUUUAAAGAGCAGCGAAGGAAGGAAACACUCUGCACAUGUUCAAGGGCACUUUCCCCUAGCAUCUCGCCCAUUCCAGGGCCGGAGACGGGCUACUGGAGAAGCAGGCCCCAGGCUGCACCUGGGUCCUGCUACAGGUUUCAUGCUUAAAACGUGGACAGCUCCGGCCGAUUGCCAGUGAGCGGGGCAGGAUCUGACCGCCAAAGCCUGUGUCAAGCGGCACGUAGCGCGCUCUGAAUGGGAGGCGCCCACCUUGCCUGCCGGGCGAGGAGCAAGGCAGGGAAAAGGCCGGCAGCCAGAGCAGCUGGCGCUGCCGCCGCCUCCUAAUCCGAUCCCCGCGAGGGCUGCCAGGGACAAGCCUCUCCCCUCCGCCCCUUCCAGGCAGCCCCACCCCGGCCAGCCUCCCGCCCGCUCCGCUUCCCGGCAGGCUCCGAGGAACUGGCUAGGCCGUAGCCCUGCCUCUUGGCCGGCUCUCCCUCGCCGCUCAUUGGCUCUCGCCUCGCCAGGGGGGCCGCGACGCUCGGGCGCCGUGACAAGCCAAGGAAGGGGCCGGCCUCGGGAAGCAGCCCAGCGCCGCCGUGUCACAGCCGCCGGGCGACAGGGUUGCAGCCGCCACCGCCACUGCCGCCGCUCGGAGGAACAAGUGAGUUUCCUCUCGCAGGGAUCGCGACCCAGCCCGGCCCUCCCCUCGCGGGGCGGGGACGCCUCCCGGCUCCAUCCUCCGCUCUGCCUCGGGGCUCCUGGCGCCAGGAUCUCCCUCGCCUUCUCCCUCGCUAUGCAGCCUCUCCCUUUCUCCCUCCACAGCCUGCGGAUUACUCAUCACUCGUUCCCAUCUCUCUCUCUCUCCUCCCCACCCCAUGCCGCCCACUCCGCGCGCGCUUUCCCUUCCUCCUCCUCCUCCAUCCGUUUUUAUGAGUCACUCCGGGGUUUUGGGUGGGGGCCCAUCCGCGUCACGAGCUCAUGCACGCGCCGGCGGGUGACUCCCUGCGCGCACCGCGUGCCCAAGGGCUGCUGAGCAUCACGCCGGGAUCUGGGGAGUUGGCUGGGAGGGCGGCAGGCAGAGGAUGCGAGCGACAGGUAGCGGCACAUAGCGGGAUACGCGGAGCAGACCUCUCCAAUCCACCUUCAACUCCCCGGGUUCUGUGGCGGGAUAGUCUUGAAAGACGGGAGUCUCUCUCUCGCUCUCUCUCGCUCUCUCUCUCCCUUGGCUUCAAGGUCCCAGGGUGGGUAACAACAUUAAAGCACAAUUGAGAACAACUAACAACCGGGAAAAUAAGGUGAGCCCUGAAAUUAGAUGCCCCAGGUGUCAAAGUCAGAGGCAAGCAUCCUGCGGCAUCCUGUCAACAUCCUGUGGCAGCUGUAUGAUGAAGGUACUGGAUGCAUCUCUGUGGGAAGGGGGCUCCACAGCUUAGGGGCUGCCAUGGAGAAUGGCCUCUCUUGGGGCACCAGCACCCCAGACUCUGAGGGUGGAGGAAGUACCAAGAGAGCGCCCCCCUCCGCCUGCCAAUCUCAGCACCCAGGAAGGUCUGUGGGGCUUCUUUCAUCCCUGAGCUUCUUCACAUGCCUCCUGUUGGAUGGCCCACUUUUUGUUUCAUUUUCUCGCAUUUAAUAGCCCACCUUUUUCUCCAAGGAGCUCAAGGUGCAUGGUUCUCCCUCCUCUCAUUUAGUCCCCUCAACCUCCCUGUGAUUUAGGUUAGGCGGAGAGGAAAUGAAUGGCCCAAGGCCACCCAGUGAGUUUCAUGGACCAGUGGGGAUUUAAACUCUGGUUUCCCAGGUCCCAGUUGGGCAUUCUAACCACUAUACCACACUGGCUCCCAAGAGGACUGCAGAGAGAGAGACUGAAGACUUCCCUGUUUUCUUUAUUUUGCUCCCAUUUGCUCAGACAUGCACCUCUUCUCUUACAGGGUUUUUUUUCUGGCCAGAUAAUAUAUUUUAUUUUUAAAACACCAGCUUUACUUCAGAGGCUUCUAUCUAGUUUGAAACAUCACAACUUCAUAUAAGCAAAUGGGUCAUCACUUCGGACCAUAGAAUUGUAGAGUUGGAAGGGACCCCAAGGGGCAUCUAGUCCAACCCCCCGCAGUGCAGGAAUCUUAACUAAAGAAUCCCUGACAGAUGACUGGCCAAGUUCUGCAUGGAUGGAGCGAUGUGUGUGUAGAAAUCCUUACUUUUUGCAUGGCUGGCUUGUCGCCUACUAUACCCAUGCCAGGACAAACUGAUCCAUAAAGCAUGCUGUGAUUUCAGCAGACCAUUGUAGGACCAUUGCUGGUUGUGGCAUCUCCUCCCAUUUUUAACCUGGCCAUGUCCUAUUUCUUUUAUUUAUUAAUUUUCUUACAUCUAUAGUCAGUAGUGGCUGGUGAGCACUCUUCAGGAAACGACUUGGCGCAUGGCUGCAGGAGCAUCAGAUUGACUCUGCUGUCAUGUGCCACACAAAGCUUCCCCAUGCCGCUUCACUGGCCCAUGCUGUAUAUAGCUCACCUUGGUUCCAUGUGGUCUACAUGUGGUUCCUGGUGGUCAAACAUCCAGGCACUGACAAGAUCUGUUCCCGCAAGGCAGUGGCCUCAUGUGUCUUCAGGCCAUAUCCUGGGUUCUAGGAAAAAAGUGCUGGCAUAUACUUUGUGUACUCUUGGCUGUGUGCUAUAGUGCCAAACUGAAUGCUUGGUAGGUUAUAGACACACCAAGUAUAGACACACUCAUAGUAUUAAUGUGGAUACAGUCUUAAGUAACUACUCAAGUCGAGGAUUUCAGACUUGACUAUUCCUCCUAACCCAGGAAUUGUGUUGAUCAUCCACUGUUAGUACAAGCUAAAUUGACAGAAGGUCUGAGGGAGAACCCAGUGGUGUGGUUUGCUUCUUGGAAAUUAAAGUAAUUUCCUGCAUUUUAACAUAGAACUGCCUUCUGCAGCUCUUUGGCCUCUUGGUAGACCAGCAGCAAGUACAGAAAUAAAAAAUGCUUGUGAAGCUUUUCAGGUUAAAAAGGAAAGGAGAGGUGACCUCUUGAUACCUUGCUGGUCUCCAGAUGAAAUUGACUAAUUUCCUUGUUCAUGCCAUUUUCACCCACUAAUGAGAAUAGAAUUCAAAUCCCUGAAAUUUUAUUAGGUUCAAUCUGUAUCUCUGCAUGUUCUUUGUAUGCAGUCUCUGCAGGAAAGCUUCAGAGUAUUUGUUCUAAUAAUACUGCAGAUAAAGUCUUUAUCGGCUUUUUAUUUUUUAUUUUUGAAUAUUGCUGUUGUGCCUCACAGGGUUUCCAUCCAAAAGGAUUAUUCCUUCCAGAGAGAAUUUGUGAAUAUUGGAGGCUGACAUUUUUCUUUGACGCAAGGAGUAUGAUGUUUGUUAUUUUAAUCAUUGCCUGGGUAACAGUAGGGGCAUGACAAAUGGGAUUUAAAGGGCAACCAACAUUUCCAGACGUGAAUCUUGAUGUGAGCCUUAGUGUUGAUGUAACCUCUAUAAGCUCAGCUUCAAGUGCUAGAAAAUAAGCAACUUAACAUGUAUAUUGAUUUACCUGUUUUUAUUGUACUGGCUCAAUUUUGCUUAGGCACAUAUUCUGCUGCGUAGAAGGCUCAAGGGCUAGGAAUCUCUCUAAUGGGAUGUAAAGAACCCUCUUGCGCUUAACAGGCAGGAUCCCCUAUGUAUGUAUGGAGGAACUCUUGAGCAAAGCACCAGCAUAUCAGCAACUUGGGGAAUGGUGGAGAUGUGAGAAGAUCACAUCAUCCUUGUAUGCGAGUAAAAGCGAAAGUCGUGCUUUCAGGUGGUACGAAAGUGACCUUGUACAUAUCUGAUAACUUCCCCAGUUUUGCUUGUUCCUGCUUUGUUGGAGAGCAUUGUGCGCGAGUUCUAAUGGUCUUUGAAAAACAAACUUUCAGCACAUAAGCUUGGGCCCUAAGAUAAGAUAACUUAAUCAAGUUCAUGGGAGGAAUUCUUCCUGUCCCUUCCUCCCAUUUGCAGCCACUCGCUUCCCUGAAUGGAGAAUGGAGAGAGACAUUUGUAUGGGUAGAAGCCUCUGACUUUGGCAUGGAUGGAAUUUAGCCUGCUGUGUAAAGAUAAAGAGUCACAUCCAUUGCUCUGACUGCUUUUGCCUCCGGCCCCACCUACCACCGGCAAUGUGGACCCAACCCUUCUGCUUAGCCUCACUGUGACAUGAGUUGAGUUUGCUCUCCCUCCUUUGUGUCCUUGCAGAAGAUGUCUGGGGAACUGUCCUUGCACAUCGACACCAAGGAGCCACGAUGGGACCAGAGCAGCUUCACAGGGAGAGCAAAACACUUCUUCACGGUGACAGAUCCUCGCAACCUUCUGCUCUCUAGCAAAACUCUGGAAGAGGCCCGGAGGGUGAUUGAGGAUUACAGGUUCUCUUGUUAGUCUGGGGAUUGCUUUGGUCCUUAGAGAAUGACAAGGAAGGCAGUGCCAGGAGUGAGGGGGUGAGGUUGUGGGGAAUCCUGAUGUUGUGCUAUCUAGAGGCUUUUAAAGCACUUGGUGUUAGCUGUCCUCUAAUUCCUGGAAUUCGUAGAUUCUUCUUAGCACUCUGGAGUGGCUUGUUGACUUUCAAUAUAGUGGCUCUGGGAAAGCAGAAGCAGGGAGAACGAACUCCUAGGAAGAGGGAUGCACUUUUAGAAGGAAUGGAAAGAUGAAGCUUAGAGAAUAAGUUUAUUUACAGGCCACUUUCCCAAAGGAUGCUCCAAGUGGCUCACAAGAAAAGCAAACAAAUCAAUUUAUAGGUGCAACGAAGACAUAAAUAUAUCAUAAAUGCAGUCUUUUGUGUUCCCAUUAGCAAACAAACAUAUUAGUAUUAACGAUUCCCUCAUUAGUAUUAAUGUCUCCUCCAGUGACUACUGGCCAUUGGUGACAGAGCAUUAGCAUAGUCCCAAACCAUUUCCCUGUCUACACAUCCUAUUCCAAACCCAAUAUUUUGAAUUAAUCAGAACAUUCAAAGGAACCCAUCCAAGACUAUCCACAGGGCAACUGGUUCAUUUGAAGAGUCUCCUUGCAUUUCACAGUGUACAUGAAUAGAGAGGAGUGUUGAGGGGUACAGUACCUCUGGUCAUUGCUAAUACAGCUAUUCUUACCUCCCAAACUGACCCCGCCUCUUCCUAGUACAGUGCGUUGAUACUUCCUGCCCCAGCAACCUCCACAGCAAAUCUUCUCAUUUCCCUAAACUGCCUCCAAUCUUCUUUCCUUUUCUUGAUUGUUUCAGGAAAGGGAAGGUGUCGCCAGGAUUGACUGAGGACCAACUAUGGCGGGCGAAAUACAUCUACGACUCGGCUUUCCACCCGGACACUGGCGAGAAGAUGAUCCUGAUUGGGCGAAUGUCGGCCCAGGUGCCCAUGAACAUGACCAUCACUGGGUGCAUGCUCACUUUCUACAGGUACGUGCACAACUUCUAAGGUCCUAUUGGUGACCACGCAAACUGCAGCGUGACAACAGCCUUACAUUUAAUGUAAUGCAGCAAUUUAGAGGCCUAAUUUGAAGCAGUUGGCUGUGAUAGGGGUUUAACACUGUUCCCCUCUCUCCCCUGCCUUGGUGCUCAAGUUGCUCUUAGCUGCAGGUUAGGGGAAAAAGACAAAUACUAUAUGGGCAAGUACCCCUGAGGGAAAUGCCAGCUUUGGGGCAGGAAGAGGGAGCAAUCUAACAUUGUGGCUGGGGGGAAGAAUUAACCCCAUUUUCCCCCAUGCCAUGGACCUUACCUAGGGUUGCCAUAUUUCAAAAAGUGAAAAUCCAGACACAAAAGUUGUUGAGUUUUCUAUUUUUAAGGAAAAUCGACACUGCCAACAAGGGUUGCCAUACACCUGGAUUUUCCCAGACAUUUUAGCAAUUUCUGCCGGGACACUGCUUCCGACUGCAAUAUCCUGGCUAUGUCUGGGAAAUUCUGGAGUUAUAGCAACCCUACCUCACCCAAAUUGCCCCUAACAUCAGCUAGUUUUAAUGAAAUAAAAAAGACAGAGAUCUGUUCAUGGAUUUUCUGUGUUGGAUGUAGUUUGGCUCUAAAUCUGAAGGAGAAAGGAAGUGCUGUGUAUGGCGUGGAACAGUGGCAUUGAAACUGCAUGCGUACCUCAUUGAGUGCUUUUGUGUGUAUGUAUGGAGGAGGGGCUGCGAGAAGCACACACCAAAUCAGUACAUAGAGCUCGUUCGCUACUUCUUUGAGAAUUAGCCUAACAUUCUGGUUUUUGUCAUAUUUAUGGGAGCCCUGACUUUUCUUUUUCCUUGCAGAACAACCCCUGCUGUUCUGUUCUGGCAAUGGGUGAACCAGUCAUUCAACGCCAUUGUCAACUACACUAACCGGAGUGGAGAUGCUCCCAUAACCGUCAGGUAAGAAGACACUGAGUACCGCCCAAGAGCCCUGGAAAUGAAUGCAGACAUAUUUGUGGGAAAUUUGCCAUGGGAUUGCCUGAUACCACUAUAGGAGCUGCCUCUACAGGGUAGCUUUUCAGGACCCAUACCUGCCAAGGAAGCAGAUCAUCAGGCCCCAAAAAUUCUGCUUCCUCAUCCCAGAUGGCUAUAGGUGUGGACUCGGAUUAUUCCACAUUUGUUCAGGAGCUCCUUCCUAAUUACAUUUCAAGUGGAAGCCAUGACAAAACAUUGCACUGUUGAGUAAUCCUAUUCAGGGUGCCAGCCAAUUUUCAGAAUACUCCAUUUCAUCCUCCUUCCCACCUGUUUCUCUGCCCCCUACAACAGCCAGCAUUCUAUUGCUAGUGAGCAUGCUCAGUCCUCACUGGGCUGUGUUUGGGCUCCUUCCCUUCGGUUCAUAGUUUCCCUUAAGUUUUCUUUUGAACUUCUGCGAAAUUUGAGACUCCCCCAAGUCUGCUGGUACCUCCCUCUUGUGCCUGAAUGGGUGCCAUUUUUGGUGGGUGGGGAUCCACACUGGGAGAAUGAAUUCACUCUUAGCCUUUUCCCAUUGUAAAUCCCAGGAAAAUCCAUGGGAGCUAAUUCUUCAAAGUGGCGUGCCUAGGAAGCAGUGGUAGUCCCAUUUGUGGGGUCAAGAGGAGAGGAUUGCAGGGGCUGGGCUUUCCAGGAGUCAUGGAGGGAAAGCUUGAAGUCAGAAGCAAGGUAGACCGUGGUGGAGACCUCCUGUGCAGAAACGGGUAGGGAAUGAGGCAAGAAGGAACACUGGCAGUGCUAGGAAAGGUGGUAAAGAUGUGUGACUGCUUAGUCUUGGUGGGGAUUUUUAAUGGUGGGAAAUAGGAAUGUUCCUGCAUGUCCCACCCAUUGAGUACCUUUCCCAGGGGAAGCAUUAGGGCUGGGACUAGACAGGAGGAAGUUGAGGGUAUCUUAGCCUCACCUGGUUGUCUGCUUCCUUUACAGCCAGCUGGGCACUGCCUACGUCAGUGCUACUACGGGAGCUGUGGUCACAGCACUGGGCCUCAAGUCCCUCACCAAGGUAAGGGACCCGCCGGCUGUGUCUGCCCUGGCACAGCAAGAAGGAUAUGCCUGUUCUUUGAGAUUAAAGUGUCGCACUUUGGUGUUACAAACAAGACCUUGCAUAGGACAAGUGACUCUCUUUCUUUAUUUGGUUAUCUGCAUUCCCUGGCCACUGAGCAUGCUCAGCACUCACUGAGAUGUUUGGAAAGGUUUUCUUCCACUGGUUUUUUUUUUGGUGUGUGUGUGUGUGUACUUCUGCAAAUCUUUGGUUCCUCUUCCUGUUUUCUCUUGUGCAUAGGUCAGGCCUGUGCAAGGGGGGUGGGCAGCUGGGUACACUUUCCCUGGACCUAUUCAUCCUGCUGUUAAUUCAAACUGUAACACAUGCCUCCUCUCUCUUUCUCUUUCCCUUUCAACUCUUCCACCUCGGUAGCACCUUCCACCCAUCAUUGGACGCUAUGUGCCUUUUGCAGCUGUGGCAGCGGCUAACUGUAUCAACAUACCAUUAAUGAGGCAGAGGUAAGAUAGGGCUGUGUGAUGGGGAGAGGGUAGGAACCUAGGAAGAUGCCUUACAGUGAGUCAAUCUAGCAUGUGGUUUUGGUUCCUGGGGAGUGGUCAGGUGGGAUAAUGUGAUGGAGCUACUCCACAUUGUUCUGUGGUCCUAUACCACAUUGUUCCAGACCAUCCUUUUCUGGAGAUCCAGCAGGACAGAUAUGGUCCUGUGCUGUCUGGUGGGGUGGGUGGGAUUUGUAGUCCAAAACAACAUCUGGAGUUGAAGCCUAGUUUAAUACUUGUGUUCCUGGUCUAGAAAGACACGAAGCACAGACACCUAGGACUCAGAAGAAUUGCUGCAUUUCUGGCAGCAAGAGAAAGGAGAGGCUGAAAAUGACAAUAAAGGGUUGUGUUAUUCCCCCCCCCCCUUAACCAUUUUUACAGGGAGCUAAAGCUUGGUAUCCCCAUUACAGACGAGAAAGGAAAUCGGUUGGGUGAGUCAAAGGCAGCCGCUCAGCAAGCCAUUGCACAAGUGGUGGUGUCUCGAAUUGGCAUGGCUGCACCUGCCAUGGGUAAGUAGCUGCUGCAUUGGCAGUGGCCAUUGGUGAGAGCGGAAGCAAAUACUUGAAGUUCCAACUUCGCCAAUAAGGGAUAAUACUUUUUUAUGGGUGGAAAUGUGAAUGAUUUUGAUUUGCUGGCUUCUCUCAAUUUUUUUGUAAGAUUCAGAUAUGAAAUAUUAUAAAUUGAGGAGUGUUUCUUAUUAACUAUUAAUUAAUUUGGAUGCUUGAUGUACAUUGAUGUGCUCAGUGACAGAGCACAUGUUUGCAUGUGGCAGGGCCCAGGUUAAACCUUUGGCACUUUUAAUUUAAAAGGGCCCUAAGAUCUGCUGAUGGAGGGCAGUACAAUGGUGUAGCCUGGGGGGGUGCCAGGGGGACCAUUGUUCCAGGCGCACAAUUGGGGAGGCACGAAUCAGGCACCCUUCCCCCGCAGAGAUCCGGCGCAUAAGUGCCCGCCUGCCGGCAGGGGCUACAUAGCACAGAGGGUGAAGAACACCCUUCGUGUCCUGUGCCCCCAUUUGAGCAUUCACAGAUUGCCUGGAGAAUAUUUGACAUAAAAAUUAAGCAUUUUGAAGAGCCCGUUAAUUUUAGUUCUGCUUUUGGUGCAUACAUGCUGUGCUAUUUUGUCAUUAUCUCCUGAAAGCUUCUACCAAGGUAGAAAUCCUGUUUAAGUUGUUGGCAUUUGCAGGGCAAAAACAAAAUGACAAUCUGGGCUGCCUUCGCACGGCAGUUUAUUCCAUUCUCAUGGCUUUCCCCUAACUUCUAAGUUCUGCAUUAUAUUUGAGCUUUCACAUGAUGUAAGAGCGACUUCUGGAACCGUAGUGGAACAUAGUGCAAGUUAAGUGCUCGUUUCCCCGUUUGCAAAUAAUAUGGAAACCAGUGCUUAACCUGUGCUGUAUUCCACUAUAGUUCUAGAAGUGGCUUUUACAUUGUGUGAAAGCAUAAAUAUAAUGUGGAAAUGUCAUGAAAAUGAAAUAAACUGCCAUGUGAAUGCAGCCAUAAAUCAAAUUCCAUUACCAGUUGGGACACCUCUGAGCUAUUAAGUUUGUGAACUACUCAUUGUGAUGUUAGUUUCUGAGUAUCCUCAAUGGAUUCCAGGAAUUCCUAGAGAAAUAAAACAACAACAACUCUAAAACCGAUUCAAAACGUGCAGGAGACAUUUGGCUGGCUGGGUGUGUCUUUAAUAUUCUCCUUCCUCAUUUUCCUUAUAGCCAUCCCUCCUGUGAUCAUGAACGCGCUAGAGAAGAGAGCAUUUUUGAAGGUAGGUCCUUUUGGAUCUUAGUUCAGCUCCCAGGCCUCCAUUCCUAUAGGCUGAGAAGGAUGUGGUUGCUUUCCUGAGAUGAGCCAUAUUUGUGUGUGUGUGUGUGUGUGUGUGUUCAGCUUACUUCUCAACCCUCAUGAACAGGAGAGGGUUAUGGGCCUCAUGUCCUGGUUGUGGGCUUCCCAAGGGCGUUCAGUUGGUCACUCUGCAAACAGAAUGCUAGAUUGCAUAGGUCUUUGGGUUGAUCCAGCUGGGCUCUUCUUAUCAGGAAGGGGAGUUUAAUUUCUUAGAAGGUGUAUUGACUGCCAUCUUGGAAAUGCUAGUGUCAAAAAUAUUCAAAGCUUCUUAAGGAGGGGUGGCUAACCCUUGGCCCUCUAGAUGUUGCCAUCAUCCCUGACCAUUGGCCAUGCUAGCUGAGACUGUGUUGUAGUUUAGCACUAUCUGGAGUGCCACAUAGGGCUUUCCUCAAGAAACGUAUGAGUGCUCCUGCUGGGUAAAUGGCUGCACCUCUGUAAGCAACAAGCGACAACAGCUGCUUUGGAAACAGAUGUAGAUGCUGAGCACGAACCAACGCCUUGUGUUUCCUUCUAGCGGUACCCUUGGAUGAAUGCUCCUCUGCAGGUUGGGCUGGUGGGCCUGUGGUAAGUGUGCUUCUUCCCUUGUACAAUUGGGAGUAUUGUAUGUCAGGAGGAGAGAACAGGUUGCCAGAGCUCUCUGAGAAGAAUGUCAGUGCAAAUUGUGGUCACAUUCACACUGUAUAUAUAAAGUGCCAUGAUACCACUUUAAACAGUCACGGCUUCCCCCAAAGGAUUCUGGGAGCUGUAGUUUGUUUACAGUGCUGAGUUUGUUAGGAGGCCCAUAUUCCCCCCCCAAAAAAAGCUGCAAUUUCCAGAGUUCCCUGUGAAGAGGAAUUGAAUGUUAAAUCACUCGGGGGACUGUAGCUCUGUGUGGGCAGCAGGGAUCUCCUAACAACUUAACGAACCCUUAGCACCCUUAACGAGCUGCAGUUCCCAGAAUACUUGGGGAAAGCCAUGGCUGUUUAAAUUGAUACCAUAGCGCUUUAAAUUUAUGGUGUGAAUCUAACCAGUGUGGGGAAGUAGAGUUCCUAUGACUGGGGAGGCUCAGGUUCAAAUCGUCUCUCAGCCAGGAAACUCACUUUCUCUCAGACCAACCUGGUCGUGGAGGCUAAAAUUGGGGGUAGCUGGUUGGGGUAUGAUGACCUAGGAGCCUUGAGCUCCUGGGAUGAAAGACAAGACAAGCAUGGAAUAAAUAAGUAAUAAAGAAACACGGCUUUUGACUAAAACCAGAUAGCACUUGGCUUACAGAAGCAAGUGAGGUAAUCUCCUGAGACAGUAUGAUUGUGGGAAUCAGGCACGGGGACCCACAUUCCAUGGCCCUUCUGGGUUUUCUUCCCUGGCAACUGUGACUUGACCUUUAGGCUGAUCAGGAAUUCUACCAGUUCCUAGUAAUGUAUAUCAGUUUGAAGGUGUUGAAAUUUCUGAGUGGCAACCUGUUCCAUUCUGAAUAUUUUAACUUUUGUGGGUUGCCCCCCCACAAGCCCCAUUGAAAUGACAUUAACAUGGUACCCUGCUUAUUUGUAAUGGAUCAGGCAAGGUAGCUUUCAUGACAUAGUGCUAUUCCUUUUGGAAAUUUGACUAGAUCCCCAUUCCAGGAAAAUGGGUUGGGGGCCUUUUGCCAACCUGGUGCCCUCCAGAUGUUUUUGAUGAUCAGUUGUAGUUGGGAGUUGUAGUCCAAAACAUCUGGAGAGCUCCAGGUUGGUGAAAGAGGCACAAGAGAAAAGCUUUGAUUGGGAUGCAAGAUACUGCACUCCAUUGUGUGUUGUUCGGCAUCUACAAUUCUGACUGGGAGAAAGAAAGCAGCCUAUACCCCCAACACAUAGAGCAACAUAGAACAUUGCCAUUGCCCCCCCCCAGGUUGGUGGGAGGGGGGUGAGGGUUAUUUCCCCCCAGAGCGACUCCCUUGCCCAUCCUCCAAGGCAGAAGUGACUCCUCUCCUGUCUUUGUUUUUCCAGUUUGGUGUUUGCUACCCCUCUUUGCUGUGCACUCUUCCCCCAGAAAAGGUAAGCAUGUCAUUGCAUGUUAUAUUCUACGAGAGUGGUUUCUGGGGUCCAUUUGGGGUCCAGCCACCCAGGGGGCUCGUGGCACAUACUCAUCAACUGUCUGGGACAUCCCGUUUGGAGGGGCUGCGCUCUCGAGUGAGAUCUUGUGCUCUUGCGUAUGGGUCACAUAGACCUUAAUGGACCUGUUAGUCAUGUUCAUUAACUUCAGGCAGUCUGUUCUGAGUAGACCUAGCACUGAAUGCAAGUCUCAGUGCUAAAUCUGUAUAAUUUUGAAUGGGGAGUUCCUCAUAAACUGUUUCUUUUCUUUUUUUUAAUAUUUUGCUUUUCAAAGUCAACAUUUUCACAACUGUUUACUUUCAAUUCAAAAUUUGAAAAGGUGUUUUUUCCCUUGUUUUUUUUGCCGGGGUGGGUGGGGGAAGAAGCAUUAUUUUGAAAAACAUGGCCUUUUUAAUGUUUGUGUUGCUGCGGUUUUCAUGCCCUGCUGGUGUGUUACAGUCUUGAAGCCUGAUCCUGUCUUAAGUAUAGAAGCAAUCCUAUAUUCUUUAGGAAUCACAGAUGUUUCCCCUUUCUGCUUGGGAGGUUUUCAAAUGGGGGCAAUGCCACAGUUGGGGGAAAUGCCACACCGUGUGGGAAAGAGCAUCCCACAUGAAGUUUGAAGAAGACACUUCUGGUCACCACAUGCUUGGGACCUGGUUUCUCCUUCAGCGACUGUGGUGUUCUCCAGAAGCAUACAUGGUGGACACACUGUAAGCAUCUCUUCCCCAUAAUAUACAGAUUAGCCUACUGCUGAUUUAAAACAUGACAUGGGAGGUCAUAGCCCAUUUUUCAGAGCAUGGCUGUGCACCUCUUGAGAUAGCCCUGCCCCAUAACUUUGCUUUCCAUUUCCUACUCUCUCCUUUGCCCUAAGAACUAGAAAAACAUCUUGUUUUCCUUUUUCCAGCUCAAUGCGGGUGAGCCGCCUGGAACCUGAAGUCCAAGCUCUGAUCAGGGAGAAAAACUCUGACAUUGAGGUUGUCUACUUCAAUAAAGGGCUUUGAGAGAAGCUUCCUCAUACUACCCUGGUAUGGAGUAAAAAAAACAGGAAGAAGUAGAAGAACCAGGGAUCCAGUGCUCCUGAGGAGAAAUUUACACUUUGUAAUAGUAUAAUCCCUUUUAUAUGCUGCUUUCUUAUUGGCUGUCAAGUCAUGGCAGGCCCUAUGUGUAUGAUAUAACCUUCCUGAAUUCAGGUGAACCUUAGGGUAGAUUGUAAUGUGGCAGUGUGGCAGUUGCAGUGAUGUACGUUCAUACUCUGAACAAAGCAGAAACAUUCCAGUGAUGACCCAUUUGGGUUUCAGGAGCAAAGAAGUCCUUAAGCCUAAAUCCUUACAUUACACAGAGUUCUACAGUGGUAUGUGUACAGGUGUGGAUGUAUGUGCACUAUAAUCUUAAUGAUGUAUUAUCCUAAGAAUGAUAACCUUGAGAAAUGUUUGGGAAGAGGAGAAAUCCAUGGGACACUUGAGAAUCAGUUGCUACAUGGAAGGCAACUUGCUGUCCUGGUUAGUUGGAGUUUCAUGCAUUCAGAGGUAAAGGAGAUCACUCUCCCACAUAAGAGCAUUAUGUGUUUUUGCAAUACCUAUGUUCUUGAGAUGUUUUUUCUCUAGACAACCUUUGUUUUUGCAACCAAAACAUGUUUUCCAAGAACCUCUGCAUUCUCUUCCUGUUCUGAUACUUUGCUGAUAAGAGAAAUGUACGAGAAUGACAGUAUGUGCAGCCUUGAAACCACAAAACCCAUGAUGCAGGGUGAGCGCUAGUCAAAUAAGCACACUGCUUCCUACAUAGGGAAGCAAGCAAUUGACCAUAUUGAGUUCGCAGGAAACCGCUAAAAUUCAAACAGGUUGGUGGAUUUUCUAUCAGCAAUCUUCUAUUCGGAGGUGAGCACAUGCUUCAAAGAUGAAGCAAAGAUCUGGUGUUUGCAUAAUUAUGUCAUGGGAGAUGGGAUCAUGGAAAUCAGCUGAUCCUAACAUGCCCCUUAUCUGCCCCUUGGAAACCACAGAAUUUCACAUAAAGUGGGAAGGGAUGUGUCUAUAUAUGUAGAGGCUUCACCCCUUAUGUUCUGCUUAGCUGUUUUAGCAUAACCACAGCAAUAUUUUGUACGGUUGCAUAGCUUGCUUGAAGGCCCAGGGCGAUUGAUAGGGAUGGCAUCCAAACGGAGCAUCACUUCUGCCAGCUUCAUUGGAUCAGGUGAGGGUUGUGACAGCAGCAACCCCAUGCUCAUGGGGCCUGAUGGUUUCACCUCCCAGACCGAGAAAGAAAUCUGUUCUGCUUACCCUUUCCACACACUCACUCCCCCAAACCUUUCAUUAAUACCAUGGGUGGUAUCCAACUAAGUGGUUCCUCUGGUGCAAGCAUUUUAAGAACACAAUACAAGCCUACUGGAUCAAGCCAAUGGCCCAUUCUCAUAGUUGCGGACAAAUGCCAAUGGGGAGCCUGCAAGCAGGACAUGCGUCUAACAGCACUCUGCCCACCUGGGUUUCCCAUCACCUGGUAUUAAGAGGCAUAACGUCUCUGGCAGUGGAGCUGGAACAUACUUAUUGUUGUGCAAAGGAACGUCUGCUCCCUCUCCUCUCCCUGUGUCCCCCAUCCCCUGAAUCUGUCCUAGGGGUUCCCAACCCUCAAGAGCGAAUGGGCGGGGCCUUGGGGGCACAUGGAGAGGGAACAGCAAUAUGAAGAAUUCUGUUGUGCAAGCAGAAAUCUCACCAUUUAGUUGGAGAAUUCCUAACCCCACGCUCCAAAUUUCUUAAGCACAUACCUUGUUGCUCCAAGUGAAUACUUACUUGGGUGAAUUUGUCAGGUAGAAAAUGGUCACACCUGCCUGAGAGCAUAAAUGACUCUCUUUGGUGGAUGUGGCUGUGACUGAAUAGUGGUACACAUAAGUAUCUCUUCUUUAUCUGGACCUGUACUUUACCAGAACAGUUGAGACAACCACUCUGAGGUUUUGUUUCAUUUUUACAAUCAAGCAGUACAUAAAAUCUUACAAAAUAAAUAAAAUAAUAAAUGACGUUCCGGCAUUUGGGAAGGUGUGUCUGCACAAAAGCUCUUGGGUAUCUGGUUUGAUGCUUUAUUUGCUAAAGCAGUAUCCAGUACUCACAAGUGUGCACUAACCACAAGGUUUGUUUUGGACCCUGAUUCAGCACUUUGGAAAUUACUCCAGUUUGGCUCAGACAGUUUGAAGGCUGCCUGGUUCAUCUUGGCACCGUAUCAGAAUACUGAUCUGGGAAAAGCUGAAGCUUUGUGCCUCCCCAUUGGCUGUCAUGAGGAAAUCAACAAAUUAUUAUAGCCUCUUUCCAUUUGACAGAAUUGUAUGCAAUUUGCAAGCAUAGCAAACCCUUUGGACUGGAAGAAGCCUGCCAUAAUUCCAGUCAAAAAGGUGCAGGUUUGUUUGUGCUAGACUUCUUCCACCCUUUCCCCACCUUGGCUUUCUUCUUAAAUGGAAAGCUUGAGGAGAGAUGUUGUCAUUUUUUUGCAAACACACUUUCUGACUCUGAAUCAACAUUUGCUCCUAAUAAAGAAAGUAAUGUGGGCAGGAGGUUUUCUGCAGUAUUACCCUGUGUUGAUUAUGGUACCUGCCUUGUAACCCUACAAUUCCUUCUGUCUGCCAUGUAGACUUAACUGGUCAGUGCUAGGAUCAGAUUUGUGUGUAGUGAUCAGGUGCACUGAAUCAGCGCAUCCAUAAGAUGCCUUUGGGUGGAUUUGACCCAUAAAAAUUCUCUUCGCUGAUGGUCUGAAGGGAUAAAAUGCUCUACAGCAAUGUCCAUCCCUGUAGUCCAUGCUGUUGCAUAUUCUGCACAAUCUAGCAUCAGAUUUCAUUUGCUCAGAACGUUUAGUUCAAUGUCAUUUUUGCCCUUGACUUCAGCAGCAGCAGCAGGGUCCAUAGUACUUAUUUGACCUAAGCAACACACACACAGAGCUAAACUGGAACAAGUGUGUGUGAUGACAAAUGAUGUUUGGCCUGCAAAGUAGAAUAAAGAACUGCCAGAACUGCCUUCUCCAAAGGUGGAUGAAGGUCAGUGGCUUAAUCCAGUUUUAUGUACUUUUUAUCCCUGGAGCAAAUCAUUUAUUUUAAUCUGAGCAGAACGCCUGGGUUUGCAUGCUUGCUUCCUUUGUUAAAUGUCAUCUUUGCUGGAGCCUCAGAGUUCCAUCAGGGGUUACUAUAUAUGCUCUUUAUCACACUCGCUUAAUGAGACCUCAUCUGAUCCAACUCUUACAAGCUUAAAAUGGUUUGAGUCAGCUUAUUUUUCUUUUACUGUGUUGGGUUAUGUUUGAGGCUUAUUUUACCAAAUGCAAAGCAAUGUUUGUGCAGGAAUCCUCAUUGAUUCCAUGUUAUACCUCUUGUAUAGCUUUAAAUAAGGCAUCUGUUUCCAAAUAAAGAAUAUAAUUUCUGUCUCUUGCA